AUGGCAGUCUGGGAAGCCCUGGUGCGCUGUGAGCGCCGCUGGCUGUGGGUCUUUGUCCUCGUCUGCCUCACACCAACUUUAACAGGGUGUCCUGAUAACUACUCGUACCUCGCACACACUUACCGGUGUUACCGAGCCUACGGUAUACUGAAUACCUACGACGAGGCUGUGGCUACGUGUCUCGCUGACGGCGGCAGUUUAGCCAUGCCUCGCGACAACACAACCAAUAACUUCCUUGUCGCUUUGAAAAAUAACGUCAGCACUAGCAGUAAAUUCCGGUUCGGGCUGCACCGUUGGAAUGAAACGUGGAAGUACGUAGAUGGCGGAGAGUUAGGGAAUUUCACCGACUGGGCCGAAAAUGAGCCCAACGAUAUAAAUGAACGGUGUGCUGAGUACCUUCCCGUAUUUUGGUACGGAUCCAAAUGGAACGACGGGUACUGUUCAACACAGAGACGUUUCCUCUGCGAAGCUGAGCCAGCUGUGAACCAUUGCCAGCCCGACCCGUGCGUCUAUGGGACCUGUAUCAGCGGUCCAGACAUCUUCACAUGCACCUGUGACGAGGGCUACGAAGGAGGAACUUGCAACAUUUCUAUCGGUACGCAGUGA